CAAAUGAAUAAAAUAAAAUUAUUUGACUUACAAAUCCAUAAAAUCGACCAGCGGCCUUGAUCGAUAUCUAAGAUGGCGGCAUCCCUGCAGUGAGGUGCAGAUUGGGCACAUUUCCAAAUUCACAACAAUCGACACAGACGCUUAAAGCACGGAUCAGGAUAUCACUCUUUGCACUGUAACAUAAGUAGCUUACCAGUCAUAGCAUUGAAGACUCAAGUAGCUGUGCCCAUUCAUUAAGUACUUUGCACUCACUGUACAUCUGAGGACUGCAGAGGAUAGCAAGAAAGAAACAAGUUUUCAUAAGAGGCAAAUCAAGAUAUUUUCUCAUUUUGAUGUGUGGAUUGACGUAAGUGAAGGCAGAUUUUCUUACCAAGCCAUAUUAAAGACUUUGGCUUGAACAAAGGUUUCGUCAAUGUCUGUAACAAAGAAACCAAGUCCUCAGUGGAAGAAAUUCCAGCCGCCCGUCCAGGAUCCCGCCAUCAUUGCCAUCCAUCCAAACCCCAGCGUUGUGAACAUUGAUAUGCAGCAGACGGCACAGGGGUACCCCAGACUCAGAGAGACAGGACUCAUAGACAAGAAGCAGCAUUCCUAUGGAUUCAUCCAGUGUUGCGAGAGAGACGCACGACUGUUUUUCCACUACUCCGAGUUCAAUGGCAACGUGGAGGCUCUCAAGGUUGGAGAGGCUGUUGAGUUUCAAAUGUCUUUUGACCGGAGAACAGGCAAGCCAGUGGCUGUGAGCGUGGUCAAGGUCGACCCGUCCACAGUUUCCCCCGAGAUUGUGAACGAGGAGAAAGUUCAAGGGACCAUCGUCCAGGAGGCAAAGCCUGUGAAGCAGAAAAAUGGCACUGUCCCAGGAGCUCAGGAUGGCCUGGGCCGAGUGACCUAUGUCCACAACGGUGAAUGUUUCUUCCUGCCUUACGGCCUGGAGGAUGUGGUGGCUUCACACGCGACCGCGCCCAAGACUGGAGAGGAUGUGUGUUUUCAGAUCGCUACGGAUAAACGAGAUGGAAAGAUCCGUGCUCGCAACGUCGAGUCCCUGGAGUCUGCCACACAGCGUUAUUUCGGCGUGGUGUGUUCCAUGAAGGACACAUUUGGCUUCAUCGAGCGUGCAGAUAUCGUGAAGGAGAUCUUCUUCCACUACAGCGAGUUCAAGGGAGAUAUCAGUGAGCUCAUCCUGGGAGAUGACGUCUCUUUUGGUGUGCAGUUCAGAAACAACAAAGAAGUGGCUGUGGAGAUAGAACGUCUACCGGAGGGAACUGUGAUCUUUGAGGACAUAGCUGUCGAGACGGUGAAGGGGAAAAUACUGAAGAUGAUUAAGUCAACAAACAGACGACCCAGCGAGGCUCUCGCUGGCAGAAUUAUGUAUGAAACUCCAAAAGGACUGAUCGAGAUCCCGUUUGGAGAGAAGGACCAGCGCGGUGAGUGCACGCUUCUCCAGGGGGACUCGGUCGAGUUCCAGAUCGCCACCGACAGACGAGACAAGCUGCAGAGAGCCACCAACAUAGCCCUAAUGGAGGACACUUUCGAAUACUCAGGGGAGAUACGAGAGACUGGAUUGAUUGCAGCACUAAAAGACGGCUACGGGUUUAUCUACUGCGCCGAUAGAGACGCCAGAAUGUUCUUUCACUUCAGUGAGUUCAUGGACCUCACCUACAACCCCCGCCUUCAAGAUGAGCUGGAGUUCACUGUGGACCAGGACUCAUCCCAGCCGACUCGCCAGGUGGCCACACGGAUCAAGCACCUGUCGAAGGGAUCAGUGUCUUUCAUCAACGUUUUACCCUCUGUCUACAUCGGCACCAUAGACAAGGAGCCCUCCACACAUAAAAACCAAGGUAAAAACAAAGAAGGAGAGCCAGGCAACAUAAUUUACGAUUACGAAGGAACAAUUCAACAAAUUUCCUACUUUCUCAAGGACGUUUCAGACCAAAACAGCCUCCCACACUUUGGUGACAAGGUGGACUUUCAAAUAGGAGAGCUCAAGUCGACAGGGAAGAAGCAGGCUGUGAAAGUCCGGGUGGUUCUGAGAAAUAUAACGGGCCGCUGCCACGGAUUUAUCGCGACUCUGAAGGAAAACUACGGCUUUAUUGAGACGGCUGAUCACGAGAAGGAAGUGUUCUUCCAUUUCAGUUCGCUGGGAGGAGACUCGAACGAGCUGGAGCUGGGAGACGAGGUGGAGUACACUCUGGCCAGGAAGAGCAGCAAAGUGAGCGCCGAGAACAUCCGUCGCCUGAACAAGGGAACCAUUCCAGCCGAUGAGGUAGUGCGUGACAAGGGCACCAUUCAAGGUCGCAUCGUCCGUCCAAUGAGAAUCGUGAACACGGAGCAGGAGGAAUACAGCGGACUUGUGCAGGGGACCGACGAAGAGGGGAAUGAUCUUCCGGACGAGGUAUACCCGUACGGCAUCACCAGCUUGGCCGACAAGCGAGACUUCCUGCAGAAAGACGACGUGGUGAAGUUCCAGGUGGCGCGCUCAAAGAAGGACGAGGCUCUGCGAGCCGUCAACAUCGGCGCGUUGAGGAAGUUCAUCAGGGCCAAGGUCGACUCCGUCAAAGCUCAGUACGGUUUCAUCAACUACGAGGCGGAGGAAGGCAAGAAACUGUUCUUCCACAUGACGGAGGUCCACGACAGCGUGGUCAUACAGCCCGGCGACGAGGUCGAGUUUGUCCUGGUGCAGAAUCAGCGCAACGGGAAGUUCUCGGCCUGCAGCCUCCGCAAGAUCACGGACAGAAGGCGGCCGGAGCGUCUGCUGAGUCGACUCAAGAGCAUCACGGACGACAACUCCUACAAGGUGGUGGUGAUCCGGCAACCGCGAGGUCCCGACAGCACCAAAGGUUUCCAGGCACGGACUCCGUGGAAGCCCCCCGUGUCUUGAAUGAGACGCUGCUCUCUCAAUCUUCUUCACCAUUCUCACCAUUCUCACCCAUCUUCAGCGCUCUCCUGUCAGGAGAAUUCAUUUUAACAAGUAUUAUAUAUCGCAAGAAAAAAAAAAGACUGAACAAACAAAAAAAAUCCAAAAUGUAAAAAAAGAGUGGAAAAAAAAACAACAAACAAACUUUGAACAGUCAUAAUUGGUACCGUUAUUUGUAUGUUGUCUGGCUCUCUGAGAAGGCAAGCGUUUGUAUCAGUGAUGGUUUAUUUAGUGCACGCAUGAGUCUCGUAAUCACGCGUCGGGAUGAGCCUUCCCUCGCUUGUGCACAUAUUUGAGAGGUUGACACUUUCGCUCAAGCUGUCCAAGAGCACAAGAAUGUAGUGGGCAGAAUUAUGUCCCCUGUCUUUGUACCAGAAAUUACUUUGCUCCGUCAUUCUGUCAGUUUUUGUACCCAACAUUCACUUUAACUCCCCCACCCCCCACCCCCUCUCAAUUUUCUCAUGAUUUCAUCUCGAAAUGUUCUAUUUUAGUACCUGAUCAUGUGUAACGAUGAGCAAGGGGCAUUCUUUUCAAUCUAUGCAACAGCUAUGAAGUGUAUUCUCUUCUCACACUCUCCCUUCAUCUUUUGUACCGAGGCUGAGAAAAAUGUUUGGCCUCCAUAAGAAGUUGCACUUCACAGAGAUCUCUUUCAAGUCUUCAGCCGUUGUGUGGAAAGUGGAAACUUUUCCUGAGCAGGUAGUGGUGAUCUGAGUCAUUUUUCUGGUGCUUGCCUGACAGGGGGCGGGAGGUGGCUGUAUCUUUUCAGACCGGGCCAUAUCUACUCUCGACAACACUUGUACAAUCACAAGCUUGUGCCUUGCUUUGUGUUUUGCCCCGACUUUUACGUGUACGUCCAUAACUUGUCUCCCCCAUUUCAUGUGAUAUAUGUAUGUCUAGUUCAGACUAGAGCGACGCUAUUGUGGUGUGUGAGAGGAGGAACAGCUCUGUGCUGUGUGUGCGUGUGUGUGUUCGUGUGCGUGUGUGGAAGAGUUGAGACUUGUAUUUACCUUGUUUUUCUGGGUUUGAAUGUAUGCAUUGUGUUUGAGUGAGGCGUGAGUGUUGUGUGUCAUUUUUGCCAACUUUCCAAUGUUUCUUUUGACUCGCUGCCCACCCGUGCCGCUAAUGCUGCCGUCAUUGUGGUGGUUCAACUGUCUGCCUUCGCUGCAGCCCCUGUGGUUUAUGAGUUUAGAAUUCUUUGUUUUUUAAUGGCAUUGUUACCGCAGCUACAUUCGUGAUUUUUUUUUUUCCCCUGGGUUCUGUCACACUGAUCUUUUUCAAAACUCAGUGAAGUGGCGGGUACUCGGAAGGUAGCGACGAGAAAUUUAGUUUGUAGGCAGCGAGUUAAUUGUACUCAUUUCCAUUAAAAUUUUUACAUUUUGUCGUUUUAAUUUCGACUUUUUGUUCUUGUUUCAAACUCGCAUGUUUCUUGAAAGCAACAAUAUUUUGUACGGUGGAGAACACUGGUUGAAUUCACAUCAUCCCAUCUUUUUCCUUCCCCCUCCCUCUUCCAGUUCUCUGUCUCUCUGAUAUUUUGAAA